UUCUCUGCUAUUUCCGAAACGUAGCAACGUUUAAGACAUGGAUUUCAUGUUCUUGAAAUGUUAAUUAACAAGAUACCCAAAAGCACUUGGAAGUAAUGUUUUCAUCCUAUUAGCUAAACAAAACUCGUUUAAAACAGCGAAAUUGUCGCGGUAAUGAUCUCCAAAAUUCGAUGCAUUAGGUUGAUAUAGCAACGAACGCUAAUAGUUUAUCGAAUCCCAUUGUGAUUUGGCGGGACACUUUUUGCCAUGACACCCCCCAUAGAUUAUUUUUUUUGUCACUCUUACGUCAACAUAAUUUCUCUUAUGCCCCCCAGAACGCUAGGGCCAGUGCUGUUUGGAGGUGUGGGUAUGCAGACCUGCAAAUAUUCCUGACGUUUAGCACAAUGACGUUUCGCAAAUAUCCCACUCUAUUUUUCAUUAAACAAUGAAAUAUACUUAACUGUUUUCUGAAAUAUACUUGGUGCAAGUAGAUAUAUUUUAAAGUACAAUAAUCGAUCCCAUUGUGCGUAAAAACCGGCCAUGAGGAAGGGUCUUUUUAUAUAUCAGGAUAUUCACACUCGGGUCAUUGCACUUGUGGCUAUUAUACUACAGUAGUUUGCAAAAUAUAGUUGAUGGAAUGAGCCGUUAUCUGAAGUUUCUACAUGGCUACUGCCGGCACAACACUGCCGCUGGGGGUUUCCCAAGAAGUGAUGUAAGGGGAUUUCCACCCAACCGAACAGCCAGUCAGAUCCAUCCAACAAGUGCGGAACUAAACGCACACUCGAACAGGGCGCUCGUGAGGCGACUCAUUUUAUCCAUAACAUAUGCACGAGCUCAUCGCAUGCAAGAGAGGUAGAAUUUGUAUGCUUUUUAAAAACGAAAGGUCAAUUGAACCAUAUCGAAGUACGAGAGCGAAGAGAGGACAAUAUUUGAUUGCAGUAGCCUACCAUGGCCACGAAAUGAUCGGUCAGGGGAAAUAGGGCAUUCAAAAAAAUACUCGAACAAGGUUUUCAGCUCCAGGACAAACAUCGUAACGUGCCAUGAGAAACAUGAGUGUUCAAAACUGCACUGCAACAAAUGACUUGGACAUCAUUCAAGAGGUGAUCUCUGCAGACCGAGAGUUUCCCUGUCAGGCCCAGUCUGGUUUCUGCCUCCCCGGACCUCCUCAUCCCCCUGUAGACUCUGACCUCCAGGCCCAGAACCACAGGGCCAUGCCCAGGCAGACCCCCUCCUUGACGCCCUCAGUACUGGUGCCAAGGGGCACGACCUCCAGGCCGCCCUGCUUCUUCCCUCAGCCCCAGCACCACUCUAGCACCAGAGAUAUGGCAGCACCUCGCCCCACUCGUGGGGUUUCUCACUCGGGCUCAAACCGACGAGGACGGUCCUCUGGUUCAGGGACUUCCAGGGGGCCAGAUAGUCCCUCUCGACAGGCCCAGACAGACACAGAUCUGCUGGAGCAGAUCCUGGAGAGGCCCACCCUGGCUGUGGUGGAGCAGCCCAAAGAGAGAGGCAUGAGAUUCCGUUAUGAGUGUGAGGGCCGCUCGGCAGGGAGCAUCCUAGGGGCCUCCAGUGGGGACUCCAACAAGACCCUGCCUGCUAUAGAGCUCCAGGGUCCCAUUCAGAACAUAAAAAAAGCUAUGGUCACUGUUUCCCUGGUGACCAAAGACUACCCGUACCGCCCACACCCCCACUGCCUUGUGGGUAAAGACUGUGCUGACGGUACCGGAAUCUGUGUCAUCUGCUUAAACCCUCACAGCAACCGACGUCACAGUUUCGCUAACCUGGGCAUCCAGUGUGUAAGGCGGAAGGAGCUGGAUGCCUCACUCGAGAAGAGACGGAAUCAGAAGAUCGACCCCUUUAAAACGGGCCACUCUAAAAGCAUCGAGGACAUGGACAUGAACGUGGUGCGGCUGUGUUUCCAGUGUGAGCUGGAGUGGGAGGAUGGAAAGAGGGACUUCCUGAACCCCAUAGUGUCCAACCCCGUCUAUGACAAGAAGGCGACCACGACAUCUGAGUUGAAGAUCAACCGUCUGAACAUUGUUAAAGGGCCAUGCACCGGCAAGACUGAGAUCUACAUGCUCUGCGACAAAGUCCAGAAAGAAGACAUAGAGAUCAUCUUUAAGAGGGGGUCUUGGGAGGCCAAGGCGGAGUUUGCCCAGACGGACGUCCACCGGCAGAUUGCUAUCGUGUUCAAGACCCCGUCCUACCAGGAACAGGAUGUGGGGGAGGAAGUGGAAGUAAAUGUCCUCCUGCGUCGUCUCUCGGACCACAUGGACAGUGACCCCGUCACAUUUACCUACCAGCCCGACAACACAGAUCCAUAUGAAGUGAAGCGGAAGAGGAAGAUCAAGUCGGACAUCGGCUUCACAGAGAGGUCCUGUGUGGCAGUUGAAAAUGUGGCUGCAGCAGGAGCCUCCACCUCUCAGCCAUUCGAGCCAUUCACCUUCCCCCCAGCAGAGAGCCAGCUGGUCCCAGAAGAGUUGCAUCCUCCUGCCCAGUCUGGGGCCUCCACCAUGGGGGAGAUCCACUACAAUGACCCCCAGGAGGACAACUUCUUCAAUGAGGACGUGAGCCCAGACGACAUCAAUAUGCUCUCACGAAUUCUGUUCAAUGACCCUGCCCUCCUUGGCUUUGGCCAGGAACUCAACUCCAACUUCACCCCAGGCGUCAUGGACAUGAACUUUAACUUCAACCAGGGUGGGUCUGGGCAGGACUUGGGCUACUAUAACGACCUGCAGUUCAACCAGCUGGUCAACGAGAAUCAGGCCUCUCCGAUGGACCUCCUCCCACUGUUACUCCGCGGCUCCGCCCCUCAGGACCAGGGCCAGUGUGAUAACGAGGGGUGUGAUUUGGUCCAGGUAAAGACAGAGGGGGACCUAUGAGGACAAAACGUAACCCGUUAAGACUGAAUGUGGCGCAAGUGUAGCCCCUGAACUUUAAGGGGCUUUUGUUGUGUUGCUCCUCAAACCAGAAGUGUAGGGUGUGUAAAGUCCUAACUCUGCCCUGUGACAGUCAUCUCACCCAAAUAAAGUACUGUAUGAGAGUUUGAACACACACAGGUAAUAGCAGUAGCAGAGAAACCUUGUACCCUAACGGUGUGGUUACCCCUUGCCCCCAAAGGCCUCGCUGGAUGAGGCUAUAAUCCAGACCCCUGUCCCCCCCUCUUCCCACACACGACCACUACCAGACCCUGAAAGGAUACGUUUCAAAAUGUCUGCCCUGGCCCAAGUCUCUGAGUGUACUGUGCUGCCUUCACCAUGCUGCUAACGUUAGCCUAAGGCUAAUAGCCGUGAUCAGCACAGCACUCACGGAUGACAUGUAGCUUUAGCUCCUCCGGGGGACCAGAGUGAUACUGGUGGAGGCGAGUUGCCCUUCCAUUAGGCUAGCCAUGGAUGUUAAGAACGAUUCCUACCUACCCAUUGUUAUUACUACCUGUGGUGAUUAGGGGACCAUGCAGUGCUCUGACCAAAUACAAAAUGGACACACAAACUCAACCCUUGUCUGCCUUGCCAGUUUUCCUUGUCAGGCUCCGUCCUUACUGUGUGUAUAUAUUGUGACUGAGGCAGACUUCCACAAGGACCUGCAGGAAAUCCCUGAUUUGAGAGUUCAACUGAAGGAAAGCAUAACUAAGGGCUCGAUUCAAUCCGUAUCGCGAAUGUUCAGCGCUAUAGCGCGAUUGAAAUUUAAAGGUAAUUUCCAAUUGAGCUGACACAUGCACCAUUUACCACGAAUGCAGUCUCUGUGAAUGCAGCAUCAUUGCCUUUAAAUUUAUAUCGCACUGUAGUGCGGAUCUUCAGCACUACAGAUUGAAUCGAGCCCUAAGCAUUUAAUUGUUGGCGCAAGACAACCUGAAAACUAACCCUCUGUGGAGAAAUUGUUAAAUUAAAGGGACCAACUACAAAUGCUGUUUAUUUUUCACUUUCCAUAUGUGAUAUUCUUUGUUGUAUAGUCAAAGUUGUAUAGUCAAAGUUCCUUUCUUUUGACUGGUAUCUGUAGUUUUUGAAUGUUGACAUUAGUUUUAACCUCUGGCUCACCUGUUGACUCUGUUCAUUGCAAUAACCAAUCUCCAUGUACAGUAGAAACGACCAUAGUCCAAUGCGCUGUCCAUCUGUAGUUCCAAGUGUUAACAUUGUUCAGAUUAUGUUCUGUGUAUGUUCAGAUUCUGAACAGCUUCUUUGUACACUGUAUCCCAGACUCCACCCUUCACACUGUAGUGUUUUGAUUUUUGUCAUUAGUAUUUCAAAAAUAAAAUGAUUCCAAGUCUUCAUCUUAAA